AUGCGCCUUCCUUUGGCGUUUUUGUUACCGCUAGCGGUCGUAACGACGCAGGUGCAAGGGGCUGAGGCCGCGAAUGGAUCACUACCUACGUGGCUUGCGUACGUUACUGGUGGAUUACUGGUCAUUAUUAUAGUGUACUACUGCUGCCGUCGCGCACGUUUUGAUGAGAAUUUGCAGCAGCCGUUACUGGGUGGUCAAUACACAGAGGAUGGACAGCCCAUGACGCGCCAAGACGUGCAGGAAUCGAACGAUGAGGUGAGUACCCAGUGGCAGUGUGAAGUGUGUGACUUUCACAACAAGAGUUCAGCCAAGGCGUGUGUUCUCUGUGGUACGGAACGCGGCUUUAGUUUGGGUCUUAACUCCCCCGUGCGGCCUGCAAAUACUGGACCCGUGGCUGUUGAGACGGAUCUUCCAAGAGAAAGGAGUUUUAAUCGAACUCGUUCUUUUGCUAUUCGACGGCUGAAUAUGCUUAAUUCUCGUCAACGAGGAGCCAGGAACCGCCAGGAUUGGGUACGCAAGGUCGGUAUUGACGGCAAACGCUAUUGGGCCAAGAGAGAUGUGCCGUUUUUAUUGGGAAAUACAAAGCCUAAAGUGGACGACAAAGCAGUAACUGGAGACGAUGAAAAUGUUAACAAGAAACUUAGUCUUCGAAUUAACAUUUCAGCCACUGACGCUGACAUGCUAUCGCCUAAGAGCGCUGGUGUUGAUAUGGCGACUGCAACGUCCACAGCUUCGACGGUUUCGUCAGUGGCAGAUCCCGACAAAGAGCUCGUGCAGCAACAGUCCCUGGCUUUUGUGUCGCAAUUGGCUCAGACCCCUCGGCAUCCGGAGGGUCGUAUGACUUUUAAAGAGUAUCGCGAAGUGGACGCUCGUGUGGCAUCUCGGGGCUAUGAAAUUUCAGAACAGGACCUGGAGAUUCUCGAACAGGUGGCGGCGUUGCCGUUUAAGGACAAAUACGCUUGGUUUCUUGAACAGACGUCGGCUUUGAUAAAACCGUGGGAAGAUGGGCACUUGAAGAUGCGCGUGCACCGUGAAAAUAUAUUGGUGGAAUCUAUGGAGCAGUUGCUAGGUGUGCAGAUGGAGCACAUACACAUGCCGCUUCGUAUUGAGUUCAUUGGUGAAGUAGCUAUUGAUGCAGGUGGACUGGAGCGCGAGUGGUUCUCACUCGUGACGGAGCGUUUGUUCGAUGAAACGAUUGGUCUGUUCAUGUGUGCGCAUGUGGACUCGCUGGCUUAUGUUAUCAACCCGAAUUCCGUCGAAGCCUCGGCUGAUCACCUGCUAUACUUCCGAGGGGCGGGUCGGCUGCUAGGUCGUGCUUUGCUGGAAGGUCAAUUGAUGAAGGCUCACUUGGCGCUUCCUGUAUUGAAACAUUUGCUUGGCGUCCCCAUUUCGUUCAGUGAUCUGGAGUUUUUUGACCAGGAAGUGCACAACUCGCUUAAGUGGAUGAAAGAGAAUUUUGGUGUGGAUGCACUCGGUCUGGACUUUACAGUCACUAAUCGUAAAUUAAAUGGUGAGGUGGAAACUAUCGAGUUGAAGGAAGGCGGCAAGGAUAUUGACCUGACAGACGAGAACAAGCAGGAGUACAUCUAUCUGCGUCUGCGCUACAUUAUGCUGGAUUCGUAUGCUGAACAACUACAGCAUCUCAUGGCUGGCGUAUUCGAGGUUAUUCCGCAAGAAUUGAUUCUCGUGUUUGACUACCAGGAGCUGGAGCUAGUGCUGUGUGGUGUGCCAUCCAUUGAUGUGGAUGACUGGAAAGCGCACACCCAGGUCUCAGAUGAGCUGCCUGAGGAUUUACUAUCGUGGUUCUGGGAAACUGUUGAAGCGUUUACGGACGAGGAGCGCGCGCGUUUACUACAGUUUACGACGGGUUCGUCGCGUGUGCCCGUGCAGGGUUUUAAGGCACUUACGAGUUACGACGGGCGCAUUUGCCACUUUACGCUGAAGGCCGUGACUUUCCCGGAAAAUGCCUAUCCGCGGGCGCACACAUGCUUUAACCGCAUCGAUUUGCCGCUGUACAAGUCGAAGAAAGAGCUGGAGGAGGUGCUGUCGCUAGUGAUAAAUAUGGAAGUCACGGGUUUCACAGACGAGUAA